GAGGGCCCCAUGCUACUGAGCGGAGCUCCUCCUCCGGGCUCCGGCCCGGGGCCGCGGGCGCAGGGCAGCGCGGGGGGCGGCCCCGGGGGAUCCCGCCGCGGGGCUGGGGGUGCGGGGACCGGCCCAGGAGGGGGAGGCAGUGGCGGAGUCGCAAAGUGGCUGCGGGAGCACCUGGGCUUUCGUGGGGGCGGCGGCGGAGGGGGCGCCAAACCCGCCCCCCCAGAGCCCGACUACCGCCCCCCAGCGCCCUGUCCGGCCGCGCCCCCUGCGCCGCCCCCGGACAUCCUGGCUGCCUACCGGCUGCAGCGAGACCGCGACUUCGAGGACCCCUACUCCGGGGGCUCGUCCGUGUCCGCCGCCCUUUCCACCCCAGCGGUCCCUGGCCCCACUCCGCCCCCGCGCCAUGGCUCACCCCCGCACCGCCUCAUUCGGGUCGAGACCCCCGGCCCCCCAGCGCCCCCUCCGGACUCCGGACCCCCUGCCAGCAGCGACAGGUUGGCAAUCCUAGAGGACUAUGCGGACCCAUUUGAUGUUCAGGAAACUGGUGAAGGCUCAGGAGGAACUUCAGGAGCUCCAGAGAUGGUCCCUGAGAAUGAUGGCUACAUGGAGCCCUAUGAGGCCCAAAAGAUGAUGGCUGAGAUCCGGGGUUCUAAGGAGCCAGCAGGUCAACCCCUACCUCUCUAUGACACACCGUAUGAGCCAGAAGAUGAGGGGGCCAGCCCAGAAGGUGAGGGGACGCCCUGGCCCAGGGAGUCCCGCCUGCCUGAGGAUGACGAGAGGCCUCCAGAAGAGUAUGACCAGCCCUGGGAGUGGAAGAAGGACCGGAUUUCCAAAGCCUUUGCUGUUGACAUAAAGGUCAUCAAAGACCUACCUUGGCCUCCACCUGUGGGACAGCUGGACAGCAGCCCCUCCCUGCCUGACGGGGACAGGGACAUCUCCGGUCCAGCUUCACCCCUCCCUGAGCCCAGCCUGGAGGACAGCAGCGCCCAGUUUGAAGGAUCAGAGAAGAAUUGCCUGUCACCUGGCCGGGAGGAGAAGGGGCGGUUACCUCCCAGGCUAUCUGCUGGGAACUCCAAGUCAGCCAAGCCUCUAGGCAUGGAACCCAGCAGCCCCCUUGGGGAGUGGACAGAUCCAGCACUGCCUCUGGAAAACCAGGUCUGGUACCAUGGGGCCAUCAGCCGAACAGAUGCCGAGAACCUGCUCAGGCUGUGCAAAGAGGCCAGCUACCUGGUGCGCAACAGUGAGACCAGCAAGAAUGACUUCUCUCUCUCCCUCAAGAGCAGUCAAGGCUUCAUGCACAUGAAGCUGUCCCGGACCAAGGAACACAAGUAUGUGCUGGGCCAGAACAGCCCACCCUUCAGCAGUGUCCCUGAAAUCGUGCACCACUAUGCCAGCCGCAAGCUGCCCAUUAAGGGAGCGGAACACAUGUCCCUGCUCUACCCUGUGGCCAUCCGGACUCUGUAGAUGUGAGACCUAGACCCAGCCCUUGUCGCCUGCACGAGGGCUGCGGUUCUUACCAAGGACAUGUUAGAAACCUGGCUUCCCUUUGUCCUAGGAUCUAGUAGGCGCUGGAGAUUUCUUAAUUUAUUAUAAAGGGGAGGGAAUCCUGGGCCUUGGAAUAAAGGGACUGUGUGGAGCUGGGAACAGAGGAAAUCCUGAGGAGGAAGGGGUCUCCCAGCCCCGGUCAGACACUAGGGAGGAAGUGGCGACCUCCCGCACUACCCGCCCUCCGCCUCCUCCCCUCUUCCCGUCCCCCUCCCCCAGCCCCUGUCCCCAGCGGGCGAGCCCGGGCUCCGGGCCAGAGGCUUGGCCAGGGAGCCCGUGGCCGCCGGCGCCGCCCAGGGGCUGGCGGGAGGGGGCGGGGAGCGAGCCAGACUAUAAAUCAGUGCUGGAGCCAAUGCCGGCCGCCUGCGAA